GCUGUGCACACCCUGAGCUGGGCACUCACUGCUUUGGGGGAUUGUGCCACUGCAGAAAGGGGCUGAUGGGACAGAGGCAAAAUGCAGGGAGUGAGGGAAAGAAGCUCCAAAGAGAGAGGAAGAGGAGGGAGCUCCACAAAGAGCAUUCAGGGACAGACAGGGUAAUGGAAGGCAAGAUGGAAGAUGUGUUGAGGAGAAAGGAGGUCUGACAGGACAAAGGGGGAGUGAGGGUUGGGCAGAAUCCAGGCAGGUCUUGUGAUAAACAGGGAAAUAGAAAAGCAGCCUCAGGGCAGCCCCUGUGCUCCUGUACUCUGUGGCUCUGAGCCCCUGCUAGGGACAGGCAGCAGGACCUGCUUCCAGCACCUGAGGGGCUCCCAGUGCUUGGAAGAAGGGAGCAGCAGGGUGCUGGGGAACAGAGCCCCCUGGGUUAUCCUGCUCCUAACUCUGGGCUGGGACAUGCUCACUCUUGCUUUGUGUUUUCCAGCCCCAGCAGAAGAGAGAGGCUGCUCCUGGCUGAACAUCUGGGUCUUCCUUAUUUUUGCCCUUGCAAUCAAAGCUGCCAUUGGGACUUUGUGCCUCUGUCUUGUGGUUCCCUUCUGCCACAGCAGUGACCAGCCCUCAGCCCUGCAGCAGCAGUUCUCGGAGUGGGAGUGCGGCUCAGCGGUGCCACAAGGCACAGACCGAGGCUGGAUGUGCUGCCCAAAGGGCUGGAGAAGGUUUCAAGGAAGCUGCUAUUUCCUGUCCACUGACAUGAUGUCAUGGGAUGAGAGUGCACAGAACUGCACUGGGAUGGGCUCCCAGCUGGUGGUGAUCACCAGCAAGGCAGAGCAGGAAUUCCUCUCUGAGCAGAUAAGGCAAUCUAAAGAACCUAAACGAGACAAUUCAUACAUUGGACUGUUUGCAAUGCAGGGGGGCCAGUGGCAGUGGGUGGACAAGACUCCCUACAAUGUGACAGCAGCGUUCUGGCCAAAAGGAGAACCAAGUGAAGGCUAUGAUGAGAAUUGCGUUAUAAUCUACAGGGAUACUGAACUACCCAACAACUGGAAUAGUGUCAGAUGUUUGAACUAUCAUCGAAUUUGUGAAGCUGCAGCAGUAACUGUGUGAUGGAAAUGCCCCUGUCCUGAGUAAAGCUGGGAGCUCAGCAGGGAGCUGGGAACAGCUCUGGCUGUGCUGGGAAGGGUGGGGAGCUCUGACACAUCUUCACUGUGUGGAGUGGGACCAUGUGUGUGGAAAUGAAAUGAGCUUUGUCCAGCAUGCCCAGUGCAUGUGGUGGCUCAGGGAACACAGGGAGGCUCAGGCUCUUUGCAGCAGCUCCUGUGUUCUUGAGUCCUCUUCUCUCUAUGUGGUUCCAGCAGCCUCUGGCUGAUAAGAGAUGGACUUCUCCAGGAGGAAGGCACUGGAAUGGAAGGCAGACAUCCCGAGAUUCAAUGUCCUCUGUCUCCUUGAGCAGAGCUGUUUGCUUUUUGUUGAGUCACACACAAAAUGUCCUGUAACUGUACUGGUUUUGCUGAACAAAUUGUGAAAUCUUAGACAAGAGAAAAUACAGUAUCAGAACAAUGAAGAAA